UUUUUUUUUUUUAUUUACCUAUUAUAUACACAUAUAUUAAACAGUCUAUAAAAUGGCUGGUGAAGAAGAUUUUUACGUGCGUUACUACUCUGGACAUAAGGGACGUUAUGGCCAUGAAUUUUUAGAAUUUGAAUUUAGAUCGGAUGGUCUUUGUAGAUAUGCAAACAAUUCAAACUACAGAAAUGAUAGUUUAAUCAAAAAAGAAAUGUAUGUCAGUAAAGCUGUCAUUGAAGAAUUAAAAAGAAUCAUUGAAGAUAGUGAAAUUAUGAAAGAAGAUGAUAGUCAGUGGCCAACUAAGAAUGUUGUUGGUAGUCAAGAAAUUGAAAUACGACUUGGAAACGAACACAUCUCCUUUGAGACAUCAAAGUUAAGUUCACUUGUUGAAGUUCAAGAUAGCAAAGACCCUGAAGGUUUACGUGCAUUUUAUUAUCUUGUACAAGAUUUGAAGGCUUUUGUUUUUUCUUUAAUUUCAUUGCAUUUCAAGAUUAAACCUAUCAACUAGAUAAUUUUGUUUUUAGCUACAACUAAAAAUAAUAGUAAUAAUCAUAAUAAUAAAGAGAACCUUUCUACAAGUAAUUUUUUUUUUGUUUUAUAUGGUAGUAGUAGUAGUAGUAGUAGUAGCGGUUGGUGUAUCUAAAUUAUCGUCUUUACUGGGUGUUUCUG